AUGGCCACCGCCGCCACCGCCUCACACCCGGCCUCCGCCUCCACCUCCGGCCGCGACGCCCUCGCCGCCGCCUCCUCCUCCCCCGUCGCCGUCUGCCUCGUCCCGUUCAGGUGGUGGGCGCGGGUGCGGGAGGAGGAGGCGGCGGGCGGGGUGCAGUACGCCGCCACCGCCGCCGCGUCGCCCUCCUACUACGGCCUCAGGCUGCUCCACAGCUUCCUGCACCCGGAUCUCGUCCUGCGCCUCGAGCGCGGGGAGUGCCGCGCCGGUGGCGGGGACGGAGGCGGAGGCGGCCGCAGCUACGCGCUCGUCCCGGCCGACGAGCUCUCUAGGGCGCUCGCCAGGCAAAACUCUGGUUUGGGUUUACAAAAUAAGCAUUCGUUUGCUGGGGAUAGUGCUGGUGCUUAUCCUUUGGUGCUUAGGAUUUCUGUCCGAGAAACAAGUAUAUUGACACUGAAGAUCAGCAAAAAGGACAAUCCAGUUGAGAACUACAAACGGGCUAACAAGAUUUUUAAUGUUGAUUCUCAACCAGUUCAUGUUUGGGAUUUUUCAGGGCAGACAAACCUAAUAUUAAUGAAUGAAUGGAAUAGACUACAUGACUGCUGCCAUGCAGAUCAAGAGAAUCUUCUGGAAGUGCAAGUCUAUGCAAUGUCUGACUCCUUAACAUCCAAAAUUGGUGGUGAUAUGAAUUCUGAUUCGUCCUACAGAAGCUUUGGAAGAGCUGGUUCUAUGGGGUUAAUAGGAUUGGAGAAUCUUGGAAAUACUUGCUUUAUGAACAGUUCAAUUCAAUGUUUGGCUCACACACCAAAGCUUGUUGAUUACUUCCUUGGUGAUUAUGCCAAAAAUAUAAACCGGACUAAUCCAUUGGGAUUGAAUGGUGAACUUGCUUUGGCGUUUGGAGAACUGUUGAGGAGCUUAUGGACUGACAGAAAACCCGUUCCACCUCAUCAUUUCAAGGAAAAAAUUGCGUGUUUUGCUCCUCAGUUCAGUGGCUUUAAUCAGCAUGAUUCACAGGAGCUUCUUGCUUUUUUAUUGGAUGGUCUUCAUGAAGAUCUUAACCAGGUUAAAUGUAAACCGUAUGAAGAAGCAAAAGAUGCAAGUGGCCGUCCUGACGAAGAAGUAGCAGAUGAGUACUGGAGCAACCAUCUAGCUCGAAAUGAUUCUGUUAUAGUUGAUACAUGCCAUGGACAAUACAAAUCUACAUUAACUUGUCCUACUUGCAGUAACACAUCAGUCACAUUUGACCCAUUUAUGUACUUAUCUUUGCCUGUACCUUCCACGGCAAAGAGGGUAAUGACCGUAACAGUUUUCAGCACUGAUGGUAGCAGAGAGCCAUGCUCAUAUGAUGUCAGUGUGCCAAAAUUUGGGACUCUGAGUGAUCUUGUUCAGGCUUUAAGCAUUGCCUGCUUACUUGGAGAUGAUGAGAUCCUGCUGGUUACGGAGGUCUACAAUAACUGCAUCAUUCGAUACUUGGAGGAGCCUUCAGAUUCAGUUUCAUUGCUGAGGGAUGGAGAUAAACUGGCAGCAUACCGUCUACCCAAAAGACAUGAGAAAUCCCCCCUUGUGGUUUUUACACAUCAACAUUUUGAUGAGCAUUCUAGUGAUGAUAAUUUAACUCCACAAAUGAGGGAGUUUGAGGCCCCACUUUUGGCAGCACUUCCAGAGGCAAUUAAUGGAUUAUCUCUUCAGGAUAUCUACCUCAAGUUGUUGAGUCCAUUUCGACUUUCCAACAGGGCUGGUUCACUUAAUCUUUGUAUGGAGUCUAAUAGUGACUCCGUCAAUCUGAUGGAUGCAACGUCUCCUGAUUCAGGCAGUAAUAAUUGUCAGAACAGCCAAUUGGAAGACUGUCCUGAAAGCAGCUACUGUAGUGCUAGUGAAUGUGAAAUAAUGAAAGAACGUGAUGAUUUACAUGAUCGGUGUUCUGGUUCUAACAAGGAGGCACAGAUGGAGGAGUUUGAAUUUUAUUUAAAAAGUGAAAGGGGUGAUGGCCAGCAACAGAAGAUAGAAAUUAAUGAGCUCAAUUUACGUGAGACAGCACCAAGCCGGUUGCAUAUAAAUGUCCACUGGCUACAAAAUGCUUCAAGAAAAUAUGCUACCUCAAUGCUGAACACUCUACCCGAGAUUCACAAGCUUGAGCUUAUCCCGAAAGGAACUGAAGAUUCUGUUGCACUACAUGGUUGUCUGGAAGCCUUUCUAAAAGAGGAACCAUUGGGGCCGGAGGACAUGUGGUAUUGCCCGUGCUGCAAGAAGCAUCAACAAGCGAUGAAGAAACUGGAUCUCUGGAGGCUGCCCGAAGUUCUGGUGAUCCACCUCAAAAGGUUCUCCUACACCCAGUUCACAAGAAACAAGCUGGAGACAUUCGUUGACUUCCCCACCAGCGAUUUGGAUCUGUCAUCCUACAUCGCGGACAAGAGCAAGCAGCCAAGCAGCCAUUAUCGCCUGUAUGCUAUUAGCAACCACUACGGAAACAUGGGAGGGGGCCAUUAUACCGCCAGCAUCUAUCACGAGGAAGGGAAGGGGUGGUAUAAGUUCGAUGACGACUGCGUGACUCCUAUGAGCCAAGACAGUAUAAAGACCCCGGCUGCUUAUGUUCUGUUCUACAGACGAGAGUGA